UGAACAGAAGAGGAUGUCGGCCAGAAAGGGAGCACCCUCUGAGCUGGAGCUGCAGCGUAAAGUUUGCUCCCUCCGCUCCCACCCCAGGUUUUCUGACUUUCUUCUAAGGCUGAGACCCAUUCUGGAUCAUCCCUUGGAAAUGUCCUUAUAAAGGUCUAUAAGAACAAAAAGAAAAAGUUUACAGGGUCGCAUCGAGGCCCGCCCACUCUCCUCCUGAAGCCGGGCCACCCUACUCCUCUUGUACUGCGUGCAGCACAGAGGAAAUGUGUCCCUUUGCCGCUGCCGUAGGCCAGGAGGUCUAAUAGCGCGUUCCUAUUGGCUGGGCGUGUUUGGCGCCAAAGGCAGAGCGGAGGCGAAGGCGAGGAUCGGGAGCUGUGGAACUGGGAACGGCAGGACCCGAGGACGGCGGCUGUGAGUCCGGCGACCGUUUGGCGUGAGAGCGGGCGGUCGACAGGGCCGCGGGACCGGGGUGUGUCCGUCAUGUUAUGCGAAAAGGCCAUGGAGCUGGUCCGCGAGCUGUACCGUGCGCCGGAAGGGCAGCUGCCAGCCUUCAAUGAGGAUGGACUCAGGCAAAUUCUGGAGGAGAUGAAAGCUUUAUAUGAACAAAACCAGUCAGAUGUGAAUGAAACAAAGACAGGUGGACGAAGUGAUUUGAUACCAACCAUCAAAUUUCGACACUGUUCAUUGUUAAGAAAUCGACGUUGCACUAUAGCUUACCUGUAUGACCGAUUGCUUCGGAUUAGAGCACUUAGGUGGGAAUAUGGCAGUGUUUUGCCAAAUGAUUUACGAUUUCACAUGUCUGCUGAAGAAAUGGAGUGGUUUAAUCAUUAUAAAAAGUCCCUUGCUACUUAUAUGAGGUCAUUGGGAGGAGAUGAAGGUUUAGAUAUUACACAGGAUAUGAAACCUCCAAAAAGCCUAUAUAUUGAAGUGCGAUGUCUAAAAGACUAUGGAGAAUUUGAAGUUGACGAUGGUACUUCAGUCCUAUUAAAAAAAAAUAGCCAGCACUUUCUACCUCGGUGGAAGUGUGAACAGCUGAUUAGACAAGGUGUUCUGGAACAUGUCCUGUCAUGACCUCACGCCGAGGGACUAAAAAGCUUCCCUGUGGUGCAAGGCUGAACACAUCCACAGAAACUUCUACACUUCUUUCUCUACCCUCCCUCGCCCCACCCCUCUUUGGUUUUAAAAGUUACAUUUUUUAAUAUAACCAGGACUAAACUUGGCUAAAGAGUAUGGUUUGUUUUUAUAUUGUACAUGAUUCCUCUUUUUUGUAAUCUGUAUCUAUAAUCAUAACAUCCCUACAGUUACUACAGUGUGUAUAUGUGUUUUUUUUUUUUUAAAGAAAGUAAACAUUUAUUACAUUAGAAUCUUUUAAACAAAAAGUUUCACUUGGCUGUUUAGGGAGAGAGUAGGUCCUGAUACAUCUUGUGUUGUUUCUGGUAGUGUGCACUGUGUACCAGGGAACUGAUUUUCUAGAAUAUGUUUCCAAAUCAGAGGGGCAGGUGGAGAUGAUGGUCUAUAAAAAUUUUCAGCAUAUUUAAUGACAAUUGUGUGACUAUUUGGGAAGGAAAAAAGGAAGGACACAGUGUUUUGCCCAUUACCAACAGUGGUAGCUGUUCUGCCUCAUGCCUGUCUGUGAGCUUGUAGGGUUAACACCAGUAUCACCAGUUUAGUUUAGAAAGGGAAAUAGAAAUUAGGGCUAGGAAAGAAAGUUGGUACAGUUUUCCUCCAGAUUCAUGUUGACAGAAAAGUCACAUGAAGAGUCGGUCAGCUAAGUGGAAGGCAGCUUCAUUGCCCAAUGAACUGUGAAUGGUAGCAUUUGGAGAGGCAGAGUGCUCCUGCCUAGUGAUUAGUGGCCUUUCCCAACUAGUCCCCUCUGUGACCAGGCCAGUAAUCUGAAAUAGGCAUUCAAAUUUAAGACUAGAUAGCCUGGUACCUCAUACACACUGUAUACACAGUUUCAUUUUUAUAUAGGGGAAUGUUUCUAGCCAAAAUCAAGUUAUAGAGACACUUUACCUAGGAUAUGGAUCUGUAUGUUUUUAUAAUAGACCUACUUAGAUCAGUAGGCUGCCCUUUGCAGAUUAUUUUCAUCAUUGAAAAUAAUUUCUCCCCAGAGAGCCAGAGAAGUGACAGGAAAGCUACAAGUUAUAACAGAUUUGUGAACUUGGCCAACCACAGUGGUGGCAGGGCCUAGCUGCUACAAAGAAGACAUGUUUUGGACAAUACUCAUGUGUGUGGGCAAAAAACUUGGAGUAUAUUUGUGACUAUAAUUGUAUAACAGGUUAUUUUCGUUUCUGUUCUGUGCAAAGUAUAAAAACAUUCCUACAAAGUGUUUUAAUUUUUUCUUUUGCACCUAUGCUCUUGAUUGCUUAAUGUGAUAGUCUGAUCAUGACGCUGAAUAAAUGUUUUUUUUUGUAAAAAAAAAAAUAAUGUCUUCCCAUACUUUUCAUAGACAGAUCAGAUUUUCUUCUAAAUCUCUGCUGAUAAAGUAAGGAAAAUUUCCUAGUGAAUGGGAUGGAUGAUGUUGAUAUUUUAACUGUGGGUCUGUAGUCACUUCCUAUUUACUCCUAAGAGCGCAUGGAACUAUGCACAUAGGUGAGCCCUCAAGUCCACGUGAGUCACCUGAGAGAAUAAAUGACUGUGAAGGCCAAUACCGUGUUGCCAGCUCACUAUCAUUUCUAACCUUAAAUUAUACGAUGUUCUUUUGUGUUUAAUUCCCCAAAUAAAGUAUAUUUCUUAUUUGAAGUUAA